ACACACACACACACAUACAUACAUACAUACAUACAUUUACACAGGCACUCACAAAGGAUAGGAGGAGAGGAAGAAGUGAAGAAAAAGGCAUGAGAUGAGAAGGAGAAGAGGAGAGAGCUCGGAGAACACUGCUUCCACGUCCACGUUGUAGUGGCCGUAGCGACUUCCAUCACAGCUGUGCGUGCGUGUGUUGGUGUGUGUGUGUGUGUGUGUGUGUGUGUGUGUGUGUGUGUGAUAUGGAAUCCAGAGCGCUGCAUCCUCUCAGCUCAGUGCUGCUAAUGAAGACCGGGACGCUGCAGUGACCAUGUGUGUAUGUGAGAGAGAGAGAGAGCAUGGGAGUGUGUGUGCGCAUAUGGAGCUCUGAUAGGUGCAGUGCUGCUGCUGUGUGUGUGUAAGAGGAGUGUGAAGACGGACACAAUGCGAGGACAGGAGGAACUGAGAUAGAGUAGAAAUCAAGGUGUGUGUGAGUGUGUGUGUGUGUAUGUGUGUGUAAGAGGGUGCGUGAGCGAGAGUGAGAGGUGGUCCAACUCCAGCAUCAUCAGCAUUCCUGCUGCAGAAGCAACGCUAAGUCAUCUGCACACACUCGUACACUGGCACCAGGGGUGGACGAGGGGGUCGUUGCUAACGGAGACGGUCCUGGGUCAGAGGCGGUGACCCCAGCGAACGGCCGUCGGCACGGAGACUCGUGGCAGCAGGGGCGUGAGCGAGAGUGACGGGCGGAAAGCCACCAUGGGCGAGUGGACGAUAUUGGAGAGGCUGCUGGAGGCUGCGGUGCAGCAGCACUCCACCAUGAUCGGGAGGAUCCUGCUGACAGUGGUGGUGAUCUUCCGCAUCCUGAUCGUGGGUAUAGUGGGUGAAAAGGUGUACGAGGACGAGCAAAUCAUGUUCAUAUGUAACACGCUGCAGCCUGGCUGCAACCAGGCCUGCUACGACAAGGCCUUCCCCAUCUCACACAUACGCUACUGGGUUUUCCAGAUCAUCCUGGUGUGCACCCCGAGCUUGUGCUUCAUCACCUACUCUGUGCACCAGUCGGCCAAGCAUAAGGACCGGCAGUACACCAUCCUGCAUGGUCCAUACAUCGACCACGGGCACGGAACCAACCGCAAACUGCGCAGCCUCAACGGCAUCCUUGUACACGACUCCAAGGACGACGAUAUUCCAGAGCUCAAGGACAUUCCGAACAUCCCUUCGUGGCCCACUCGGCCGUCAAAGAGUGCCAAGGCACGGCAACAGGAGGGCAUUUCGCGCUUCUACGUCAUCCAAGUGGUGUUCCGUAACGCACUGGAGAUCGGCUUCCUGGCCGGCCAGUACUUUCUUUACGGAUUCAACGUCCCGGCGAUGUUCGAGUGCGACCGCUACCCGUGUGUCAAGGAGGUGGAGUGUUACGUGUCACGGCCCACCGAGAAAACCGUCUUCCUGGUGUUCAUGUUUGCCGUGAGUGGCGUUUGCGUCGUGCUCAACUUGGCCGAGCUCAACCACCUGGGCUGGAGGAAGAUCAAAGCGGCAGUGCGCGGCGCUCAGCAGCGCAGGAAGUCCGUGUGCGAGCUCAGGAAGAAGGAUGCCUCGCACCUGUCCUCGCUUCCCAACCUGGGGCGCACGCAGAGCAGCGAGUCGGCGUAUGUCUGACGGAGAGUAGGGGAGGGGCUUAGGAGGGCAUGGGCAUGGAUGACCAGACGGAAGCAGAAGGCGCGUCCUACGAUUAUGACUGGAUAGCAUGAGACAACUUGGUGUCGUUCGCAGGGUCAGACAACGGGGAGAGAGAGAGAGAGAGAGAGAGAAAGAGAUGGACGAGAAAGAUGAUACGUGGACCUAAAUGCUGUAGAGACAAACAUUCUCUGCGAGUGAAAAGACUCUUAAUUUAAAAACAUAGACGCAUGCAAGGACUCACACUCGCAUACCUGUCUCCCCAAGACCUGUGGAUGUCUUCCAAACACGUCAAACAAGAAAAACAGCUUUUGAGAGGCUAUGGAGAUAGAGAUAGAGAGAGACAGAGUUGUUCGAAAGUGAGCUCACUGAUUGGCUCUCAUUGUUGAUCCCUCAUUUUUUUUAAAAAUCGUACAAAAAAAAUUUCAUGCGAAAUACGAUAAGAACAAAGCAAAGAGUUGAAGCUUGGUCUGUCUCUCUCUUUCUCUUUUUUGUAUAAAGCGACAAUGUUUUUCGUGCGUGGAGAUGAAUUAUAAAAGAAUAGAACAUGCAACGACGACGACGAUGAGGAAGUUGAUGAAAAGAAGCCCCUCCCCCCCUUACAGCAGCCGGGCAAUAAGAGGACCACCCCCUUAGUCAUCUACUUAAACGUAACCAUAAAUAAAAAACAUAACCAAACACUCGAUAGUCACUUCUCUUAGAGCCCUCGAGCUGCUGCCUAGAAACAACUCUGUACAUAUUUUGGCAUUAAGGUUUCUUGCGUAAUUUUAAAGAUAAUUUAGCGCAGCUUUGUAACGCAACUUUUUGUCCUGUAUGUUCCGAGUCAAGCACAGUUUCUGCUCUCAUACAUCUCGUCGGAAGGCCAAAGAUAAAGAAAAAACAUCGCACUUGUGUUAAAAAAAAAGCUCUGUUGCAGGCCACACGGAUGCGCAUGGUUAAAGAUGUAGCUGUAGCGGAAGCUAGCAUGGAUUCUACGUGGUUUAUUCCACGACCAGGUGAAAUUGCCGGAAUUCACAUAUUCCUAAUUGUAAUUCAACGCGAGGUACGACGUAUAUUCAUUCUAUCUGUGCUUUGCCGACGUUUCUGCCAUUUUGUUAUAACGUGGGCGGGGCUAAUUUCGGGUAAAACUCAUCAAAACUAUGCAUUCACGCUCGAGUCGUCUCUGCAGGUCUGAGCGAUUCCGCAAGAUGACUUGCUAGUGUGUUUACGAGUGUGAGUGAGUUGGUACGUCGCGUUUCGCGGCUCGAGUGGUGUAGCAGUCUGAGAGUCUGUCAAUCAAGCGUGAUGAUUAGAAUAUUAGACCACGCCCCCUGGGACAACUCUCACUCAAGAUCAGUGAGUUUGGCUGCUGUUUGAGCUGUUUCCUUGUUCUUUUUCUGAAACGCUUGCAUUUUAAGCGGCAUACAGUUUGUUACCUUGAUGACAAUAAUAGCAACGACUUUAUCGUGAGUAGAUCUCGAGGCAAAAAAAAAACAACACAAAAAAAACAACGCAUGACCCCUUUCGACUUCCAUAGUGUGUGUGAACGGAGAAAUCGCCAAACUGUCCUUCACUCAAUAUACAGGACCGCAACUGGGCUAAUGGAUUGCAAGCUUUAAUGUUUAAAAAAAAGGAAAGAAAGGAAUAAUAUAUCUAUAUAAUUGAUGCUAUUUAUUUAUUCGUUUUUUUUGUUGUUGUUCUUAACUAAACAAACUUGUAUAUUAAAGAUAAAAGAGUUGUUGUUUUUUUACAGACUUUGCGUAGCCUUCUGCAGAAAACAAAAAAUACCAAGGCAUGUUAACGACGCAUUAUUAGAAUGGCUAGACUGUGUCCUGGGCUGUUUUUCUUUCUUUUCUGUUUAAAACAAAGGGAUUUUAUUUUCCUUUUUGCACCCUGUUCAUGUACUCCGAAGCAUGCUGAGUGGAAAACUAUAGCACCAAUGCAGAUAUGGGAUUGUGGGACCUGUGUUGAAUAUGGCUCUGGUAUUGCAGCAAUAAUACAUAUUAUAUUACGAAUAAGAAACUAUAAGAAAAAAAAUAAAUAAAAAUAAAUAUAUAAUGAAUAUAUGUGAAAACAAAUAAAAGAAAUAAAUUCCCUCCAUUUUGAUGAUGCAUGCAUGUGUGCGUAUGUGUGUAUGGUGUCAAGACAUCACGCCUACACCGAGUUUAUCAUCGAAUACCAUUAUUUAUAGGUUAGUUUGUAAGUGCACAAAGUAUUUGCCCCCUCUGCAACACCCAUCGAUGGAAACGACCGUCACAAGACCACUAUUCAGCAGUCCUGCUUUCCGGCUCUCGAUGUCAAAACGCGGGGAAAGAUAAUCAUAUGCAGAC